CGUUAACUUUCUAGGUUGGCGCCGGUACAUAAGAAUCCGCGGUAAUAAAUAAUAUAUAGGAUUAAUUAAGUGUAGUUCAUAUUUGUUUGUGAAAAGUGUUUUAUGUAGAUUAAAAUGCCGGAAAAUAGGCGAUUUGCUUUAGUUUGGAAGUCCGAUAAUUCUUCGGUGAUCGUGCCUUUGGAAAAGAUAUUCCCACCGGAAAGGCAUGUAAAUGGCAUUGCCAUGUUAGGAAGACAUGGUGCAGUAAGAGUUUUGGCUAUCAAUGAUGAUCUCAAUUAUUUAAAAUCUAUCUUUGUAACGGAAAGCGGAAAAUUGGUUCAUCUUACAAAGCCUGCAGUUGUCGAGGAAACAAUCGAUGACAAAAACAUCAUCAAAAAGUUGAAACUGGAGCAGGUUGCAUCUAUCGAUGAACCAAAUAUCAUCAAGCAGGAGCAAGAUGAGCAAGAAGUAGUUGUAUCUAAUAAUAAUGUGAUGGAUAUGGAAUGGAAUGCAAAGGAUUUUGAAGAUUUAAUAACAAUAGAUGAUGAUGAUUCUAGUGAUUUAGAACAAGAAGAAAGCGAUGAUUCAGAUGCAGAGUUUUCUAAAGAACAUGUUAAGGCCAUGGCAAUGGCAGUCCCAAUGAAAGUAACCAAAGAAGUUAUUGACCAUCAACGAUUAUGGUUGGCUGUAUUGAAAUAUGCAUAUAAAAUGCAGAAUGAGGAAGUUAAAAAUGAGUUGCAUGAAAGUUUUAUGAUUCCUGCAAAAUACUAUGCACCUGGAGAAAACAUGAGAGAAAUAUCACCACAAUGUGGAUUUUUUUUCCCAAUUGAUAAAAUUUCAUAUAUUGAAUCAAUGAUGCCAGGUAACAUACCUGAUUGGUCAGUAAUUGUGCGAGAAGCACUUUCGUUUGUGUAUGGGAACGAACUAAAACAUUACUCAGCCACAGGACUUCGAAGCAAACGACCACCCAUAGAUAAAAAAUUGUUUUGUGGACUUCUAGAUUGGUGCAACAGGCUCUCUAGGUUUCAUGUUGAGAAAAAGGCAUUCAUUCAUUACGUCAACAAGUGCUGUUCAAAUAAAAGACAAAAUAAGAAAGAAAAAAAAGCUUGAUAUGUGAU